AUGGGGCCCCCGGGCAAUAGGGGAUCAUGGGGCCCCUGUGUCCUUGCCCAAACUCAAAAAGGCCUAUGAAAAAGGUGCCAGGGGCAUCUCAUGGGGCCCUCUACUGACCCCGAGCCCUCGGGCAAAUAACAUAAAUCCCAUGUAAGCACAUAAGACUAAGCUGUGCAUGUAUCAAUCAGGGCAGGGGUGGACUGACAACUCAUGGGGCCCCCGGGCAAUAGGGGAUCAUGGGGCCCCUGUGUCCUUGCCCAAACUCAUAAAAGCCUAUGAAAAAGGUAUCAGGGGCAUCUCAUGGGGCCCCUUACUGACCCCAGGCCCUUGGGCAGUGCCCGAGUUUCCAAAUGGUCAGUCUGCCCCU